AUGCGACGUCGAGCAGAAGAGGAGGAGGAAGAGAGGAAGAAAAAAGCAGAAACAGAGGAAGCAGAAGAAGAAGAAGAUUUUCUUUGCACGCAAGAAAAAAGAAAAUCGUCACAACUGCUUCCUUCUUUUGUGGUUGCGUCACAAGAUGCAAAUAAAGAGAACGUUGAUGUUACUCGCAAUGUUCCUUGUGUGAAGAAGAGUGAGAACGUCUUGAGGAACGCUUUCGAGAAGUUUUUCGAGGAUACUAUUACCACGCGAUUCGAGGAAACGAAUGGGUUCAUCUUUGAAGUGUUGACGGCGCUCUCUGAUGCACCUCGAUGUGUGCAUCCUUUUUUGUCUACUCAGCCUCAACGAGGAGUGGAAAAAAACAAAAGAGAAGAAAUACGCGAAGGCGAACGCGCGCCAGAAGAAAUAUCUGCCGCGUCAGAUUCUGCCGAGCAGAAGAAGCAGAUCUCGACAAAGCCGAAGAAGAUGUCGUCGAAAGAGAAAGCGUCCAUGGGUUUAUGCUUUCGAGAAGCAGUCACGUUGGACGAUUUCUUGGACGGAUACAACACGCAGGUGAACUUGCCACCAAAACGAGUUUUGGCGUUGACGAAGGCGGAGAAAUCCAAACGCUCGUCGUACAUCAACUACUGGAAAGCGUUCGCGAGAAUCUUCCGCGACGCACUUUCUGACUUCGAGACGUUGUUUGGCGAUAAAGCUGGCGAAUACAUCGGCGAGUUCGAACUGGCGAUGGAAGAAGCGCUCGUGGUUUCUACCGAGCAGACGAGCAAGCGAGCAGGCGAGCAAAAACGGUGGAAGCCAGUCGCCUCAGCUUUCAUUUCUGCUUCGGCAGAAACGCGCGAGACGAUGCGAACGAGUUGGAAUCUGAAAGGCAUCAUGAAUCAGAUGCAUCUGAAGACGUUUACUUUGUAA